UAUGAUGGAAAUUGAGGAUUGGGAAAAGAGAUCAGAGAAUACACCACUUAAAGUCCAUAUGAUUGGUAUUAUUUGUGUAGAAAAUUUUAAGCUGGUUGUUUGGCUGGGUUGAUUGAACAUGUUUCGAUGUUACCUUUGGAUAAUGUGAAAGUAUGGCAUAAACUUAUAAAGUGUAGACUCAUCUUUAAGUGCUUCCAAAUUCAAAGUUCUCAUAAACAUUUUUGUCAUUGAAGUAUAAACUUAAUUGAAUCUUAGAAAAUAAGGAUUAAAGACUUUUUUUAAUGGUUAUGGAGCAGUGACAGCAGGUUGUAUGCCAGCUCAUGCAUUUUAUUUCAGCAGUUAUGAGGUAUAAGAAUUUGGAAUAUUUUAAGAUUUUGAAAACUCUUAUGGAUGUAAAUGAUGAAAAUAUUCAUGCUUAAGCGUUUGCUUUUAUUGGAGCAGUAUCAACUCUAUGGCAUGAUCUAAUUAUGGUACCUUUUGAUGGUAUGAUUAUUAUAAUAAUAUAGUUAUAAAAUAAAGAUAGUAAAUAUAAGAAAAGUGUUUCAAAAGAACAGUGAAAACAGUCUUAAGGUAAGAAGGAUUAAUAGCAUUCUAUCGAAGUUUUCCAAUUACUUAUGUAUAAUAAAUAAUUAAGUUUAGUUAAUGUCAGCUCCUUAUUAGGCUAUAUUUUUUUCUGCCAAUGAAACUAUUAAAACUUUAAUGUUUAAGAAAUCAGAACAUAAUUUUCUUAGUCAUUUUUCAUGUGCAGCUAUGGCAGGAUGUGCUGCUGUUUGUGUAAUGAAUCCAUUGGAUGUUGUCAAAACUAAAUUAUAGACUUAAAGUUGGCAUCUAAACUCAUCUUAAGUCAAAUAUAGUACUUUCUUAGGAUCAAUAAAAACAAUUUUUAAAGAAGAGGGUUAUCUAGGAUUUUAUAAAGGAUUAUUACCAAGAUUAUGUAUGUAAACAAUGUCUGGAGCUACUGCAUGGGCUAGUUAUGAAUUCAUUAAAAGAAAAUUACUUCCAAUUUCAGUUAUUAAUUGAUU